AUGGCGAAUAAGGCAGCAAAACUUGACGAUGCCACAUCUUUUCUUCCAGCCUAUGCUCUGCAAUCUGAUGUCGACAUCUCUUCAGUCGCUCUGACUGGAAUGAAGCAAUCGGGCCUGUGUGUAACGAAGAGUUCUGGCUUCGAUUUUCACCCAGAUGACUCCUAUCCAAUUCUCGACACCAAGCUUCAGGCCCUUUUCCCUAAGCUAUUCACAUGGCUCUGGAAAGCGGAACCUGAUGACGCUACUACUUCUUCCUGGCUAAUCUGCAUGAAACCUCCUCGUAGGAACCUCGCUGUAUAUUCUGAUGACCGAUUGCCCACUGGUAUGGACAUUAUUGACGCUUGUAAGCUUGCAAAUACCAAGGUUGGUGUCUCCCACCGGACACUCUUUCUGGUAACUCGUUAUCCUGUUCCUGCAGCAACACUCCUUGAGUGGAAACCACGAAUUUCAUUGGCCCAGGACCCUGUCGUUAACAAAGACUCAGAUGUCGACGACACUGAUAAUGACACCCCCAGCCCUACACUCAGCGCCAUCCCCUUACCCUGCACCCAACGAUCUUUGCGACCUCGCCAUGUCAGGAGUGAAGAUGAGGUAGAACAGGAUAUAAUCAGCAUCUCAAGCAUGUCCGAUGGUGAAUCGUCAGCCCCAGCACCUAAGAUCCCUAUUCCUGUCACCAAGGCCCCCACCAUUUCAUCCAUCGAGGUGAUGCAGGAUUUCUUUCACUCGUCCUUCAAUUUUGACAAUGAGGAGAAUCCUUGGGUCCCUAGAGCGUAG